GUCACCGCGCCACAGGGCAGGAAGUCACAAAUGUGCCGCCCACAUCUGCCCGAGAAUCGAAGGCAAGAGGAAGAGGUUUCUCUUAAUCGGGGAUCGAGUUUCCUGAAGUCAUAUAAAUUCGUUUCGAUCCAGUCCUUGAAAACAAAGUGCGCUCGCCGCGCAAUUUUUAUCCCUGACAAGAGGCGACAACCGAGGGAUGCGGGUCUCAUCGACAAAUGUCAAGGAACCAUCUUCGUUCUUGCCAUCCUUCGACGGUACAAGGAUCCUUUGAUGGAUUGGCGAAACGAGGAGCCGAAUCAGUCGAGCGUUGAGAACCUCAAGUGGGAUGAGAAUGAUCAUCCCGUGAUCAGGACGAGGGAUGCUGUUGCCGCCGUCGACCUGGACCGUAACCGUUGCUCCCAAGGAGUUCAGGUUGGACUUGGAAUUUGCAAAGAUAUUGGAAACUUUACAUCCGCUUUGGAGAAUUUGGAACUUGAGACGAAGAAUCAUUCAGAAUUUAGGAUAAGCGACGGUCAGACGGAUUAUUUCGAUGACUCUGAACAGGAAGAGACUGUUCCAGUUUUUAAGACGAGAGAAAAAUCUACCUUCCAAUUGGUAAUUCAGGGACCGGAAAUUCUAAUUUUUCAGGGAAUUAAGCAUUCUCCUGCGGAUAUUGCACCCUAUUGGAAGAAGGAUUCUCGGAUGUGGCUAUGGAAGUCUGUCAGGCUUGCGAGAAAGCUAAAAAGAACCAAAGCAAAGGCUGUCGCUUCUGCGGGCGCUUUGUAUCGCAAAGAUCUUUUAUAGCAUAUACUUUUAUUCGAUGAUGUAUGUAUAUAUAUAU